GUAGCCUCCUCAGCCUCUUGCCCCAACAGUGCUACUAGUAAGCACUGUACGGACCCGUUUGCUCAGUCGUCUCGUCUCGUCACGUGCUUCGAGAUCGUUCUGUCGUUUAUCUGCAGCAAGUUGUUUGAGUCCAGCGUCGACUUUCUUCGCAGUUCAACUUGCACAGCUUGUCGGAUUAUCGGGAUGACAAAUCGGUGGUCAGCGGCAGCGCUGCGAUACGACGGCAUGAUGGGGAUUCUAACAUCUCAUCGCAACUUACUGCCCGCUUUCAGUACUGGGGGUGAUUCUUGGAGAAGCCGCCCUCAGAAUGCACUCAACCUAGAUACUACUAACAAGGGAGCGAUUCAAGAUCCAUCAAAUUUUCCAAGUAGUCAUUGCGAGCGCAGUCACUGCGCGUAUCUUCCCCUUACGGUGAUUGUGACGGUGUCCGAAUGUCUAAGCCCAACGAUAGCUGCGGAGAACCGCGCGCCUGGUUUCCGCCGCCGGCAGCUUCCCCCGUGCGCAGCCCGCACGCGGAGAUCGUUCGGCGGAAGGCAACCUCGUCGUUCGAUAUGGAUGCGGUGUGGGACGCCGCUUUCGCGCGCAUUGGCGGAUCAUACGCGGUUGGAGGUACGGGCGCGGAGCGGGAACGCACGCGCGCGGAAGGGGACUCGGAGUCAUAUGCGGGGGCUCUGCGGAAAAGCGGCGGGGGAACGGCGGUAACGGGCGCCGGCAAUGCUUCCACUGGCGGAAUUGGCGGCGGAAAGUUUCUCCGCUUCCUGCGUCGGGGGGUAAACGGCAGCGCGCGCGAGUUGGUAGGCAGCUCCGCCAAGAGCGGUCCGCCUGCGCGCACCAGCGGUCCGUCUGCGCGGACUUCCGCCGACCUUUUCCGCUUCCGUCGCUCGUCGUGGGGCGAGGGGCGGACGACGUCCCAGACGAACACCCCCGAAGUUGGCGAAAAAUGUGGCGAUGCGGCAGCGAGCAACGCUGUUACCACAGGCAGGACCCUGCUGGGGGCUCAAGACGUUGAACCUCCCAGCUCUGCGUCAGUAAACGGUGGAGGGGGAGGGGGAGGGGGAGGGGGAGAACGGGGAAGGGGGGGAGGAGGAGGCGGACGAGGAGGAGGAGGCAGGGGAGGAAGGGGAGGAGGAAGGGAAAGGGAAGCAGGAGAAGUGGCCGACACAAGGGCAAUGGUUGGUGGCAGCAGCAGGCACAGGCCAGUCUCCAGAAGCUUCCAGGCGGCUGCAACAGCCACGGCGGCACUAGUAAUUGCUUCGCGGGUGCAGCCCACCCCAGAAGCGCCGCCUCUUGAAAAAGAAUCUCAGCCCUCUCCACCGCCUUCCUCCCUAUCUCUCCCCGCUUCCUCCGCCCCGCCUCAGCCGUCCCACCCCGAGCGUCGCCUGAUCCGUUCCGCCACUGCACCGCUUCGGGGGGCACAGAGCGAUUCUGCUUUUGAGCCGCCUCCAAAGCGUUCCGCCACUGCAUCCCUUCGGGGGGCACAGAGCAAUUCUUGGUGCAGCGGUAGCGGCAGCGGCAGCGGCAGCAGGGGCGGCAAGGGUGCGGGUUCCCUCCCCUUCACUGAUGGCGACAGCAGCCUCAACAGAAGCAGCAGCAGCAGCAGCAGCAGCAGCGGUUACCGCUCUGGCCAGGCCGGUGCACAGGCACAGGCACAGGCACAGGCACAGGCACAGGCGCCCACCAGCAGCGUGGCACGUCCUCUGCCCCUGGCACUGCCGCGGCUACUGCCACUGGCCGCUACUCACCUCCAACCGGAACCCCCCAGUGAGCCGCGGAGCGCCACCCCCUCCCCGCGCAGAGGCAAGCACGUGCUCCUUGCACCGACCCGGGGGACCAGCCUCCUCCGCUCCUCCUCUCUCCCUCCCCUCGCCAUUCCUCCUCGGUCAACCGCUUCCCCUUCCCCCGCCCCCCAGCCCCCCGCCUCCCCUUCCGCCUCAGCUUGUUCCCCCCCCGGCGUCUCUUCCCUUGGUCGCAAUGGCAAUGGUGAUAACUGCAAUGAUGGCGAUGGGGAUGGGGAUGGGGAUGGCGAUGGCGAUGGGGAUGGGGAUGGCGAUGGGGAUGGCGAUGGGGAUGGCGAUGGGGAUGGCGAUGGGGAUGGGGAUGGGGAUGUUGAUGGAAUGGUGUUGGCAUGGCCCGUCCAGAAAAGAAGCCAGAAAAGGUGGGUUUCCGCGCACCACCCUGCACCAUCCGCGCACCACCCUGCACCAUCCGCGCACCACCCUGCACCAUCCGCGCACCACCCUGCUCCAUCCGCGCACCACCCUGCUCCAUCCGCGCACCACCCUGCUCCAUCCGCGCACCACCCUGCUCCAUCCGCGCACCACCCUGCUCCAUCCGCCCAUCGCCCUGCACCAUCCGCAGAGGCUCAGCUUGUGGCGGAAAUAACUGGACAGCUGGGGGGAGAAGAUUGGGGGGAGAGGGGGAAGAUUGGGGGGAGCGGGGGGGGGCAGAAAAUCGAGGGGAGCGGAGACCCAGCAGCUUCCCCAGCUUGCGUUUCAGUUCAAGGACCCUUCCCCAUAAAGAGGCUCUCGUUACAGGUACAAGAGCGGCUGGCGCACCUGCAGGUGACUUUCGACAGCCCCCCUUCUGACGCUGACUCUGAUAACGAGACUGCUUAUGGUGAGAGUGCUUAUGGCGAGAGUGCUUAUAAUGAGGGGGGGAAACUUAACCCUAAAGGGAAGAUUGAUCUGCGAGCCGUGGCUUCAGUUCUGCUGGGGAAAUCAGAAGAAGCUGUUUCAGCGACCCUGCUGGCUACAGCCCCAGUUACUUCCCCUCCAAGAGCACAACCAGUCUCCUCCCCUCAUGAGCCUUCAGUGACACAUCCCUUCCCCACCCUUUCCCCCCCACCGCCUUUCCCCAGCGCCCUUGCCCGCUCACCCUCCCCCAGCGCCCCAGUCUCUUCCCCCUCCUCCUCCCCUUCCCGCCAGCACAAGCCCAUACCCGCCAUGUUCUCCCGCCCCCCUCCCCCCACCACCCCUACUCCCACUCCACCCCAUUCAACUUCUGCCGUUUCCUUGUCGAUCGCACCAACCUCCGCUACCUUCCCCCGCCCCUCUCCCUUCUCCCCUUCCUCCAUUGCCCAUUCCCCCACCUUCUCCUACUCCCUUCCCUCCGCCCACUCCCCCCCCGCCCCCUCCCCCGAUCUUCCCCACUUCUUCCCCUCCAAGCCCCCCCGCUCCCCCGUUUUCUCCCCCACGCUUUCCCCUUCCGCCUCUGCCAGAUUCUCCCCCUGCGCUUCCCCUGCCUACCCUCACGCCGCCCCUCCUUCGCACGCCUCGCAUCAGAAACCCCCCCUUUCACCACGCCAUAACCGCACCACCGCCGCCUCUGUCGACUCAAGCCAGCCGCCAACUUCGAGCUUGCCUCACACCCCAUCCUUGUCCAAAGGAGUUUCUUAUUACGCGCGCCCCUCCCCUCCUUGCCCUGAUUCCGUCCCCUUUAAUGAAGCGGGCUUGGAAGGGCCUCGGGGGCUUAUAAUAUCUGGCUCAAUCGCCGCUAAAUACCCGCCCCAAACCCCAUCCUUGUCCAAAGGAGUCUCUUACUAUGCACACCCUUCCCCCCCCUGCCAUGUGUGUUACCCCUCUCAUGGCCUGGGGAUGGCCCAGUGGACCCCACAGUGCAGCCAUCUGCCUCCGCAGGGGAUUUCUCAGGAGAAUUCUCAGGUGAAUCCUCAGGAGAGCUCUCAGGUGAAUUCUCAGAAGCAGAAGCUCUUGGAGCAGGCUUGGCAGCAGCUGGGUCAGCAGGAAGCUCGGCAGCAGGCGCAGCAUCAGCCUCAGCAGCAGGCUCGGCAGCAGGUUAGGCAGCAGGUUCGGAAACAAGUUCGGAAGAGCACUACUGGCUUGCCUGAUGACAGCAGCAAACAUCUAUCUGACAUUGAUCCGCAUCACGUCCCACCUUACCUCCCCCAAAGUCCAGGCUCAAGUGAGGUACCGGGAGUCCUAGUGGGUGGCAAGCUUCCCGUAGUUGCAGGUCCCGUAGGUCAAUCAGCACAGAGAAUCGAGGACAGCUCGCAGAAUUCGCAGAAUUCACGCUCUUCGCGGUGCUUUGUGAGAUCGCAGAGCGCAGACUUUGUAAGGGCUGAAAGGGGGGACAGAAGACAGCAGAGCCUGGAUGCACCUCAAGGGGGAGGAGAGGGCAUGGCAGGGCUCCGAGCGUUGGUGCUGGGACGGGCCAGGAAAUGAGUUCCCGAGGAAUGAGCGCCGAGGAAAGGAGUCCCUGGGGACCUCCUUUACCAAGGAGCCCUGGGAAGUCGUGCUUAUCAUUAGCGAAUGGAUCGGGUGGACGGAAGUUGAAGAAGCAGGUAUCUUUUGAUCGAGUGGUGCGCGUUCGUAGAUUCGCAUUGUGCGAAGGGCUGGUUGAACCAGGGCCCACACCCGAGGGUUGACUUGGGUACGGAGAUUGCCAAGUUUCAUUUGAGACUAUGAUGGCUUGUUAUGGAGUUGUCUGGCCAAGUUCUAUGUUGGUUUAUGGAAUUGGUUAUAAUGACUUUGUUG